CCACUUAUACAAGUGGCCUUCCUAAUGUGCUGCUAAACAUUACAAUUCACCAUAGUAGUGGCUGGGAAGUUGCCCACAUAAUAUUGCACUCUACAUUAGGAAACAUUGCAUGUCAUCCAGCCUUUUAACGGUGGCAGUGAUGAUGUAGGCAUUGCAUUAUGGGCAAAAAGGAGAUGGCAGCCACCAACAUGGCUGCCAAGGAGUUCUCUGGGCUGCUGCCACUCAUUUGGUAGAGACUUACUUUGGUGACAGUAGCAAUGGCUCUGAGUGCUUCUUGGUGAAGGCCAUCUUUUUUUUUUUUAACUCCAUGAAAUUGAGCACUGGUCAGACUCCGCCUUGGCUGUGGCCCUUCCGAUGACUCUCAGCCCCUGGCCAAUGCCUGAGUUGGUUGACCCUGAUGCCAGGCCUGCCAGGAUGCCUUAUAAAACCCAUAUUUUAAAAGCCUGGGCAAAUAAAAAGUUCUUAAUUUGGUACUGAAAAGGCUAAUGCUUGGCCCUAAGUAAUCUUCCAGGGGAGAAAGUGUUGGGAAUUCUCUCUGGUAAGAGAUACCCUUCUAAUAUAGUAGAGUGCACAGAGGCACAACACAGCGGAAUCUGCCCAGGCAUACAUGUAUGCUGAGAGUAAAAUAACUUGGAGCCAGUUCAUAGUUUCAAAUCAAUAUAAGGAGUCUUUAUUAGUGAACUCCAUUCUAGAGAGUAAAGUGGAGAGAUAGGAUCUCUAAUCUAGCUAGCUAGCUGGAUUCAGAUAGAUUCAUCUUUGCACACAUGGUGCAGGGAGAGAGGAGCUUGCAUGUUGCAAGAGAGAAGGAAGGGAGGGGAAGGAAGAGGAAGUGGCCAGGCAGGCAGGCAGGAAGUUCAUCCCUAAGAGUAGCAAUCUACAUACCAAAGGGAUAGUGUCAGAGCAGUAGAGAAGGGAUGAUCAAUGUCUUGACCUCUCUAGCCCUCUGACUCAAUAAUCUGUCCCCCUCUGUCACUAAGACAUGAGACAGCGCAAAGUCCUUCACUUCCAACAGAAAGCUCCAGAGUCAGGGCCCCACAGCUGAGAAGGCCCUGUCCUGGGUCAUUACCCACCUCACCUCUGAAGGCAGAGAUACCUGAAGAAAGGCCUCUGAGUCUGAGUAGGAUCUUAGCACCUGGCAGAUCUCAGAAGAAUCACAGCAGGCUUUCUUGGGAUGGCAGCAGCUGUUCUUCUCUGCGGGUGCAUCGUGACAACAGUCAGUUUCUUUUGGGAAGAGAGCCUCACACAGCACGUUGCUGGCCUUCUUUUCCUUAUGUCAGGCAUCUUUUGCACUAUUUCCCUCUGCACUUACGCAGCAAGCGUCUCCUAUGACUUAAACCGCCUACCCAAAUUCAUCUACAGUCUUCCUGAGGACGUUGAACAUGGAUACAGCUGGUCUAUAUUCUGCGCUUGGUGCAGCUUAGGACUCAUUGUAGCAGCAGGAUGUCUUUGUGCCACUUAUCAGUUCAUUAGCAGGACAAAGAUUAGUCAUCUCAAGGCUAGCAGAGACUCUUCCGUAUGACUGCUUAUGGGGGGGGGGAGGGCGGUGGUGGUAAUCUUCUUUCCCCCUGUGAGGUGGCCCGUGAAGAAUAGUCUUCAAGGAUUUAUAAGGGAGCUAAAGUCGGAUUUCUAAGCACAAGAACCCUGAUCCCUUAAAUGCCAAACGUUGUGUCUUACUAGUCGGAAAACAAAGAGGAGUUCUUUGCCUUCAGAGCGGCUGGAAUAAAACCUUCAGGUGACAAAAGUUAUUGUGGAGCCAACAACGGCAAUUCAGCACAUUGUAUAUGCACAUGUCAUAAAUGAGGUGGGGCUGUUCGUUCCCGCUUGGAGAGGAAAACUAUGUUUGACAUUUAGGGCUGUUUUUUUUUUAGUGGAGGUUUGCAGACAAGGUAGCAACCAACAAAAACCAACCAUCCCUGCCAAAAAUCCCCUUAUCAUCUUGGAUCAGUCUUUGAAUUUUGACUUUUUAAAGAAACAAAAUGUGAAAGAAGUCUUAACUUCUCUUCUAGGGUCAUUAGUAGUCACCAAACAGUAGUGAGUGGGAGAUUCCUUAAAGCAGUCUUCUUCAUAGUAAGGCUAGGUGCCAGUGGUGGUCCCCAUCGGCCCUAAUUGUUUAUUGGGCUGGUGAAGUUUCAGCAAAAAGCUGGAUAUUCUGCACAGCCCACCUGGCAUCAUACAGAGACAGCCAUUUCCACCAUGCAGUGCUGUGCUCAGCACUGGGAGGUCUUAAGGGAAACCAAGGCCUCUUGAGCCCCUAAGAAGGCAAGCAUUAGAAGGCAAGCAUACUGGGAAAUAUAGCCCUUCCCUGUGCUUUCCUCCUUCAGCUCUUGAGGGAGAGCCAUAAAACUGUUCUAACAUAAUGAGUGGAUGGAGGGGCAAUUGGUGUUAGAAGCACUACAGAGAAAGGAAUCAGAGGGUAGGGCUCCCAGAAUGGAGCAGGACCCAUCAGUGAGCCAUAUAGAAUCCUACUGGCUGAUGCCUUUAUUGGUUUAAAAAAACAAAACAAAAAAACACCCAACCCUACUGAUUUGCCUGCUAUAUGAUAGCAACAUUCCUCCCUGAAAUACAUUUUGUAUUUCAUAUGAAACCAAAUACCAUGUAUAAAUGAGAUUAAUUUUAUGAGGGAUUACAUACUUAGUAGAAUUGUUGGAAGUAACAUGUUGUAAAACCCCAGCCUCUUUGUCUAAAUGAGUGGUAGAACAUCGCUUUCUGUUAAUAGUGUUAGAUUUCUGAGUGAGUGAUUGGAAAUGGGUUCUUCUUGAAUAGUGGUGUAAAUUUGAAACAAAAACACAACCAUAAGUAAAAGGCAAAUGUGACUGCAAAUGUGUCUCCAGUCACAUGGUUACACUGGUUUCAGGUUUGUUUUUUUUAAUAAUUUCUCAGAUCAAACUACCUAUAUGAAGCAGAAAAAGUAAAUAAGCUUUUCAACUCA